GCCGACCAGACGGCAUGGCAGACGCAGGGACUCUACGUGCGGGCUGACGAAAGCUGCGUAACAUCGCGCUACUGCUUCAUGGAGGACGUGCGCUACUUCUGGGCAUCAAAGCAAGGCAACUGCCAGGGCCGCACGCAGCUCUCAUGCACCGGCUACUCCACCACCGAUCCGCUCAGCGACUUGACCAAUUUUUUCAACAAAACAAGCUAUCCAGGCCUGUCAGAGACUGAGUUCAUCAGCUUGCUGGGAACGACGUCUUCAACCGACCCGACGAAGACAGAGUGGCAAGUGUACCUGGAGGCGAAGACCAAUUACUUGAGGAGCGUGAAUCGUCGAUACGAAUCCGACUUUGCUGCUCAGUACACCGGCAUUCGGCUCAACGCAGACAAGACGGCGGUUCAGUUUGCCUGGAUCAGCUACAACGCAACAUUCCCACGCGAGAACACGGUGGACGAAGCCAACGAGUGGUACGAGCGGUGGCAGAGCUUCAAGAACACCCAUGCUCCAACGUUGGGUGGCUUCCAGACGGCAGAGCUCUACCUGUUCCUCGUCACGCAGAACGAGAUGGUGAAGGCGGCAACCAUGGGCAUCGGCCUUUCUCUUUUGGUCUGCUUCAUCGUGCUGCUGCUAACCACCUGGAACUGGUGGACUUCUACCCUCGGACUUGUGUGUAUCAUUUGCAUCACUGCCACGUUCUUGGGCGUGGUUCCGUUGCUGGGUUGGAGUUUGGGCGAGAAUGAGUGUAUCUUCAUGAUUGCUACGGUCGGUUUGUCCGUGGACUACACU